GUUGAUGUCGAUCCACCCCGCAGCAAGCUCUCCACCUGAACCUCGCCUAAAUCAUGAGCAGCAAGGACGCUGGUGGAUACACCCUCGAUCGCACACGUAGUCAUCUCAGCUCUAGUAAGCUAAACUACACUGUCGCGCAUCAUCAUUACCAGGGUUACACACCAUUUGCCCUGCUUCAUCGUCAGCACCGGGCCGCUCCCCUUGGGUGGGCUGCAUGCGCGGGAACCUGUUAGCCCUUGCGACAGACACCGGUUACCUAGAACCUAGCCGUCUGUCCGCGACCAUGGUCAUCGAGAUGUUCAUUUGCACGCAGCACAGCUGUCGAUGAGUCGUCUGAGUAUUGUAUGGCAAUCACUGAUACAGUAACAGCCGCGAUGGGAACGUCCCCCGCCGACGGUUUCUGCCGACCUCUGUAACGUCGUCUUUGACGGCGAUGACAUGCGAACAGCCUCCUCGGGUAUGCAGUCGGCCCAGCCCUGGAUUAGUCUCUCUCACAGAUGGACUGUUCAUCUAAGCCCUGUUCCUGGUGAACGAUUAUUCCGGCAAUAGUGAUGCGCUGGUGGUAGGCCGUUAGGCAAGCUCCAGUUCCGUUCCGUGCAUGCAGGGACGGAAAUAUGCACAGUUGAUGCAGCAAAUCGAUCGCGGAAAACCCUUGGACCCCACAUGAAAAGAGUGCUCAGCAACGAGCUCAUGAUUGUGAGACGAUGCAUCGAGGCCCCUGAAGCCCGAGGGACGUUGAUCUCCAAAGUCUAGAGUUAGCCACGGUUCUCAAAUCUCGAUAGCACCAACUCAACUAUUCUUGAACAGAACACGUUUUCUCGGGAAGAUCCAUAUAACUCACAAGACGCGAACGGGCGCCACGACGAACACACUCGCCGCUAAAGUGCUAGAAUGGAGCACAUUGACAUCGCACCAUCAAUAUGUGCCCUUGCUGUCCCGGUACUGGGUAACCGCGCGACACAGAUAUUUUGGGACCUUGCUGGCCCAUCCAGGUUGCGCAUAUGACGUGUCCGGAACUUGGUAGCACCAGUAUUCACUACACCUACGCGCGUCGAGAACGAAAUCGCAACAGCAACAUUCAUUAUGUUCGGGUGCAUGCUUGGCCGAGAGCCGCAAUCCAACUUGCCACGUCACUGGCACUAUGGAAUAAGAGUUGUCGUUCUCACCGACGGACGACGACACGAGAGGGCCUUGGAGUAUGCUGUUUAUUCAUAGCUGACCACAUGCUAAACUUAACAAUGUUUCACAAGCUUCUCGGUUCUUGAUCGGAGUACAAACAAUGUUACUCACCUUAUCUUACGCUAGACUGAUUACUAGGUAC